ACAGCACAGGAACGCAUCACCUGUGGUCCCAGACUCGCAGUCAACGGGGACAGUAAACAGAACUAUGCUGCCGUUCGAGUUUGGCCAUUAGCUCAAGCCGCAAAUCCGAAUUAAACGCUGCGUUAUGCGCCUUUGUUGUCAGUCGUGGCAACGUCGCGACACUCUUGGAUAAGAUUAAAAGCCGCCGAAUUCCUGCUCCUGCCAAUUGACUUUACCGGACAAGCAAUGGGUGGUCUGGUCAACGGGCGGCGUGGAGGAAGGGCUCCGCCUUUAAUGAUCGGCGCACUGGUCGUGUGCAUCCUGGUUCUGGGCUUCAACUACUGGGUGUCCACCUCGCGUAACCUCGAGCUACAGACCAAGCUGUAUGAGCUGGAGGGUCAAGUGCGUCGCGGGGCGGCGGAGCGCGGCGCGGCUGAGGUGAAGAAGUACGAGUUCCAGGAAGAGAUUCAGAGGCAGAAGGACCAGAUCGGCCAGAUCGAGAGUCUUUACAAGAAACAGCUGGAGGGAGUCCAGAACACCUGCAGCCAGGAGAAGGCCACACUGCAGCAGAACGUUUCCACCAGCACCAAAACCUUACAGGCACUAAAAGGCCAGCUAAAUCAGAUGAACGACGACCUGGGGAAUCUUCAGAAGGAGCUGCAGGCUUGCCAGAGCAACGUCAACAACCUCAACGACAAACUCACAUAUGACAUGAGACACUGCAACUCGCAGGUCCUGUCCCAGAAGGAGCUGUGUGACGAGCGAGUGGCCGCCGCCAAACAGGAAUUCCAGAGGAAGAUGACCAAGCUCCUCCUCCCCUCCAUUACCCAGAAGGAGAAGCUGGAGAGCGAUGGCGUACAAGCGGACGGCACUGCGGCGAACGUGUCCCUGAAGGCGCCAGUCGACUUGAACCCCUCUUCCAACCUCACGACGGCCAAAGCCAACGAACUUCUUGCGCUGUACGCCAAGGACAUAUUCACGGAACAAGGGGGCGUGGACGACGUCCUCCAGUCGGACGUGACAAAAUACGCCAUAAAAAAGGCCGACGUGAAGCAGCCGACACAGAGCAGCAAAUCCUCUUUGACGAGUCACAAGACACAAGCGGAGGCGUUAGCCGCUCAUACACAAGCAGCGGACCCGGGUAUGGGACGCGUGUCGACUGGCCGAGGAAAAGCCGCCAUGGCGGCAGUGGAGAAGCAACUAGACGAGGUGGAGAGUUACGACCGUGGGGACGAGCAGCCACUGGGAGGAGACAAACAACAACCCAGACAGGACGCAAACAUAGACAAAGUGAUGGAGGAGGAGCUGGCCGACUACAACGGCGACGAUGACAAUGAAGGAGAGUUUGAAGCGGACAAGCAAGCUGAACUGGCUCAGAUUUAAGGAAAAAGCACCCAGUGGACACGUGAGGAAUUGCAAUAUUUUUGGCUGUCAGUUGAUUGUUCAACACGUUUCCAACAGCACGAACAUGGAUAUCUAUUUUUUUUUAAUCGAUUUUUAUGAGUCGUAUUUGAGCUAGCAGGACAGAUGAAAAUGUCCACCAAAUGAAGUUAAAGCACAUUAGUUUUCCUGUUCAAACGAAUGGACUGGAACCAUUGAAGAAUGAACCGAAAUGACUUAAUACCAGCAGAUCACUUUGAUUUUCAUGUGUGUUUGACAGAUUCUUUUUUUAAAAUGUGUAAAUAAGUUUUGACCUGCUGAAAAAAAACGAUGGAAAUCAUACAAUAAAAGUGGUUUUAAGAUGA